GGGUUUCGGGAAGUCACGUGACCUCCCCCUCUCCCCCCCCCGUCCCUGCCGAGGUGGACAGCAUGGACCCGCGGGUGGCCCUGCUCUUCCUGCUGCCCCUGUGCCCAGGCCUGGCAGCUGCGGCCACCUCCUGCCCUCGGAACGUGAACAUCACUGGCGGCACCUUCACCCUCAGCCACGGCUGGGCCCCUGGGAGCCUCCUCACCUACUCCUGCCCCCAGGGCAGUUACCCGUCUCCAGCGGCCCGGCUGUGCAAGAGCAACGGCCAGUGGUGGACCCUGGGGUCGACCCCGAGCUACGGCCGGCAUGCAAAGGCGACCUGCAGGCCUGUCCGCUGCCCGGCCCCCGUGUCCUUUGAGAACGGCGUGUACUCCCCGCGGCUGGGGGCCCACCCCGUGGGCGGCAACCUGAGCUUCGAGUGUGACUCCGGCUUCACGCUGCGCGGUUCCGCGGUGCGCCGCUGCCGCCCCAACGGCGUGUGGGACGGAGAGACCGCGGUGUGCGACGACAGGGCUGGCCACUGCCCCAACCCGGGCAUCUCGGUGGGCGCGGUGCGGAUGGGGUCCCGCUUCCGCUUCGGGGACAAGGUCAGGUACAGCUGCUCCUCCGGCCUGGUGCUCACGGGCUCCGCGGAGCGCGAGUGCCGGGGCAGCGGCGUCUGGAGCGGGACGGAGCCCGUGUGCCGCCGGCCCUACUCCUAUGACUUCCCUGAGGACGUGGCCCCCGCCCUGGGCACCUCCCUGUCCCAUCUGCUGGGAGCCACCAACCCCACCCAGAGGAAGGACGAAAACGUGGGCCGCAGAAUCCAGAUCCAGCGCUCCGGCCACCUGAACCUGUACCUGCUGCUGGACGCCUCGCAGAGCGUGUCGGAGGAGGACUUCAGGAUCUUCAAGGAGAGCGCCUCCUUCAUGGUGGACAGGAUCUUCAGCUUUGAGAUCAACGUCAGUGUUGCUGUCAUCACCUUCGCCUCAGAGCCCAAGGUUAUUAUACCCAUCCCGAGCGACAUGUCCUGGGACGUGACCGAAGUGAUCGACAGUCUGGAAAACGCCAACUACAAAGAUCAUGAAAAUGGUACCGGGACCAACAUCUACAAGGCCCUCCACAGUGUCUACAUCAUGAUGAAUAACCAAAUGGCGCGCCUGGGCAUGGAAACGAUGGCCUGGCAGGAGAUCCGGCAUGCCAUCAUCCUCCUGACAGAUGGAAAGUCCAACAUGGGCGGCUCGCCCAAGCCGGCGGUGGACAAUAUCAAAGACGUCCUGAACAUCCAACAGGACAGGAACGACUAUCUGGACAUCUAUGCCAUCGGGGUGGGCGGCCUGGACGUGGACUGGAGAGAGCUGAAUGAGCUGGCGUCCAAGAAGGACGGGGAGAAGCACGCCUUCAAGCUGCCCGACGCGGCCGCGCUGCGCCAGGUCUUCGAGCACAUGCUGGAUGUUUCAAGGCUCACGGCCACCAUCUGUGGGGUGGGGAACAUGUCAGCCAACGCUUCCGACCAGGAGAGGGCACCCUGGCACGUCACCAUCAAGCCCAGGAGCCAGGAGACCUGCCGUGGGGCCCUCAUUUCUGACCAGUGGGUGCUGACGGCGGCUCACUGCUUCCACCAGGCCGAGGACCGCUCCUUGUGGAGGGUCAUUGUGGGGGACCCCAGCUCCAGAUGGGGCAAAGAGUUCCUCAUUGAGAAGGAAGUGAUCCACCCGGGGUUUAACGUCUCCGCAAAGAAGAACCAGGGCAUCCUGGAGUUCUACGGCGAUGACAUCGCCCUGCUCAAGUUGGCCCAGAGAGUGCCGAUGUCUACUCAUGCCAGGCCCAUCUGCCUUCCCUGCACCAUGGAGGCCAAUAUCGCCCUGCGGAAAUCCCCAGGCAGCACCUGCAGGGACCACGAGGCAGAUCUUCUGAGCCCGCAGAGCAUCCCGGCUCACUUUGUGGCCCUGAACGGGAGCAAACUGAGCGUGCACCUCAAGACGGGGACCGAGAGGGCAAGGUGUAUCGAGGUUGUCGCCCAGGAUAAGAAAACGUUCCCCAACUUGAUGGAUGUUGGGCAGGUGGUGACAGACCAGUUUCUGUGCAGUGGGAUGGAGGGUGACGCCAACCCCUGCAAAGGAGAAUCUGGGGGAGCAGUUUUCCGCGAGCGCAGAUUCAGGUAUUUCCAGGUUGGCCUGGUGAGCUGGGGCCUCUACAACCCCUGCCAUGGUGCUCCCGACAAGAACGUGCGUAGGAAGGCCCCCAGAGGCGUCCCGACACCGAGAGACUUCCACAUGAACCUCUUCCGCCUGCAGCCCUGGCUCAGGCAGCACCUGGAGGGCGUCCUAAACUUUUUGCCGCUUUAGUUUUUUUUUUUUUUUUUGGUACCGGGAAUCGAACUCAGGACCUUGCACUUGCCAGGAAGGUGCUUGUGCCUCUGAGCUAUAUCUCUGGCCCUCUUCUUUGCCGCUUUAAUCAGGGCCAUUGAGCCCUUGGCUGUCCCGCCAGGACCUGCCCUCUCCCACCUCCGAACAUCUACCUUCAGGGCCUGUGCCCCAUUUCUCUCCCAGCUGCGGAGAUCUCGGGCUGCAGGAGCCCUGAGGAGAUGGGAGGGCCCAGGGCUGAUGCCGGCGUGAUGCCACCCAUCUUGCCUGUGCUCAAGCCCCUCCCCUGGGGUAUUUGGAUCCUUUUCAUUUUCACAUGGAAUUUCCCAGUUAUGAAAUUAAUAAAACGCUAAGAUUUCCA